GGGUGGGCAAAUGCCCACCCUAAAUAAAAAAAUUUAGGGUACUGGAGGGGCAAUUUAGGAACUUUGCCCCCCCUCAAAAUAAUUUAUUUGCCCUAAAUCUUCAUGUUGCCCCGUUCCAAUUUCAGUCGUUCACAGUUUUCAUUCGCCCGACUCUUCGAAAAUUUCAAGUUUGCAGCCGCCUUCGUGAAGAGAUCGCCGGACGGGUGGAAAGCUCUCGUUCACAAUCUCAGUCGCCUUCAUCUUUGCGUCUAAGCUUCUUCGUGAAUAGGUCGCCGGCUACCCACAACCAUCUCUUCCCAUUUGACAGCCGUCUUCAUCGUUUUGAAGAGAAAUGGAACGGUUCUUGAAGCGAAAAGAACGUGUCGAGAUUGAUAUUGACAAUCUACCUGCUGAUCCUGGUCUUCGACCUUCCAUCUGGAGUUAUGAUGUAAACGACCGUGAUAGAGUUCGUAGAGCUUAUUUGUUGAAGGGAGCGCAUCAACCAAAAAAUCAUCAAUUCCCUCAAACAAUGAUUGGAAAUAUUGCACGUAGAUUUAAUUCAAAAUGGUUUGAAGACUUUCCUGAUUGGAUGGAAUAUAGUAUACAGAAAGAUGCAGUAUUUUGUCUUUAUUGCUACUUGUUUAAGUCUCAAGAGCAAGUUAAUUCUAGCAAAGGCGGUGGAGAUACAUUUGUUGGUGAAGGAUUUAAGAAUUGGAAGCGUAAAGAGAAGCUAUUGGGUCAUGUCGGAGAUCAUAGUAGUGCGGGGUGAGUUUAAUGGUUUGAAAGCACUAAUUUUGAAAGAUAAUCCAUAGGCAUUCUAUAUUCAUUAUUUUGCUCAUCAACUUUAAUUAUGUUUAGUGUCUAUUGCAAAAAAUUAUUGGCAAAUAAAGCAUUUAUUUGAGAUCACUUCAAGAAUUGUCAAUACAGUUGGUGCUUCAUGUAAGAGAAAUGACACCUUAAAAGCUAUUCAACAUGAUAAAAUAGUUUUUCAUUUAACCAGUGGAGAGUUAAUUAGUGGUCGAGGUUUGAACCAAGAAACAAAUUUUCAUCGUGCUAGUGACACCCAUUGGAGUUCGUAUUUUCAUACAUUAAUCAGUCUAAGAAAAAUGUAUGCUUUAGUGAACGAAGUACUUGAAAUUGUCAAAUAUGAGGGGAUACAUGAUCAACAUUCAGUUGAAGCAGGUGUUUUAAUACAUGCUAUGGAAUCAUUUGAUUUUAUCUUGGCAAUGCAUUUAAUGAUUGAUAUUUUAGGGAUUACAAAUGAAUUAUCACAAGCCUUACAAAGAAAUGAUCAAGAUAUUGUAAAUGCAAUGAAAUUGGUACAAGUGGCCAAGCAACGAUUACAGAUGUUGAGGGAAAAUGGAUGGGAACCUUUAUUUGAAGAAGUUUCACGUUUUUGUAAUGUUUUUGAAAUUGAAGUUCCAAAUAUAGAUUCUAAAUUCAAGGCUCGUGGACGGUUAGUACGAAAAGGUGCGGAAAUAACAAACUUUCAUCAUUAUCGAGUUGAUUUAUUCUACACUGUUGUUGAUAUGCAACUUCUGAAACUUAAUAACCGUUUCUCUGAAUCUAGUACCGAGUUACUUCUUUGUGUUGCAUGUCUAAAUCCAAGUAAUAUGUUCGGUGCUUAUGAUAAGAGAAAAUUAGUUCGUCUUGCAGAGUUAUAUCCGGCAGAUUUCUCUAUAGUUGAUCUUGUGUCUCUUGAUCAUCAGCUAGCUACUUAUAUUAUUGAUAUGCGUACUAGUGAUGAGUUCACAUCUUUGACUAGUAUCGCGGCUCUUGCACAACAGAUUGUAAAGGCCAAAAAAAAUAUUGUGUAUCCCAUGGUUUAUAGACUUAUCAUUUUGGCACUGACUUUACCAGUUGCUACUGCUACGGUUGAGAGAGCAUUUUCAGCAAUGAAGAUUAUUAAGCAUCGACUGCGUAGCAAAAUGAGUUAUGCUUGUCUCAAUGAUUGUUUAGUGCCAUAUAUUGAAAAAGAAGUAUUUGAUUCUAUUCCAAAUGAAGUCAUCAUGCAACAUUAUCAGAAAAUGCAAAGUAGAAUGCAAAGUUUGUAAUUUUCUUUUUUAUUUCAUAAACUAUUAUGAAGUACAAUGUAUUACUUAGAAUUUUGCUAAUGAAAUGGAGGUAUUUACUUUUUUAUAUAUUGAAUUUGCCCCCACUAAAAGAAAAGGCUGGAUCCGCCC